GCAAACCAGUGAGCAUCGCUACGCGGGAAGACUUGGAUGUGCUGAAAAUUAUCAAUAGCAAAAACGCCUAAAAACCCUCAUUUUGUUUCUGAUACGAAAUACAAAGGGUUGCUUAUCAUCUACUGGGUUAUUCGAAAAUGGAUUUGUGUCACAAUGAGCUUGAUUUUGGUCUUAACUUGGGAGAAAUUUCAACGAUGCCUGACCAGCUGCCUGCUAACACCGUGCCGACUGGCCAGCUCAGCGCUAAACGGCGUGUGGGAGACGAAGGGGACACCCCUGGAACAUCGACGCAGGCUAACCAAAAAGGGGACACCCCUAGGCAAAAAUUAAAGCCAAAACGGGCGAAGUCGUCCUCUAAAAAUGAAGAGAUUUUGACUAGAAUGUCUAAACUAGAAAGCCAAAUUGAAUUGCUCAUAAAAAAUCAAAUACAUGAGGAAAAUUUCUCCGACACGGAGAUGCUGUGUAAGGAGCCGACAGAGGAAACUUCAAACAGAUGUCAACAGACAAAGGCCUAUCGAUAUCCAACAAAACACGUCAGAAGGCGACGAGUUCAGAACAUCAGCACGGAUGUAGGAAGCAGGUAUCCCGGAUGUUUACUGGGUAUACUGUAAAGAGGUCGAGGAUAUUUACCUAUACAACUAAAAGUCCUGUCAGAGAUAAUUUUGUUUAAUUACACGCGUGCCUCAAACAAUUGUCACAUUUUCAGCUAUGAUCUUUGAAAUCUGAUUGGUCAAUCACUAUGCAAGUCCGCAAUGUUCAUCUAAAAGUCCUAUAAAUAUCACCGAUCUGUUGAUAUCCCGUAAUUGAGAAUCGGUGUUUGUGCUACAAAGUAAACUGAACGAAUAGACAAAAGUAUACUUACUGAAGUUGGUUUUGUCUGUGUAUAUACUAAUAUAAUGGUGGAUCGAUUGAAGUCUCGUCUAUUGCAAGCAUUGUUUCGACAAAUUUCAGAAGAAGAUGAGAAUGAUCGUGUGGCGCUGUAUAUCCCAGAUCCAGCCUGUGACCAUAUGAUGCGUAAAAUGGGUGCCUACGUGAUGACCAACAAUGAUACGAAAGUGUUCUCAGGUGUUGACGCAGAAGGCGUUGCUAAUGAAUUUGGAAUAAAAGAUGGCGAUGCGCUUAUUAAGCUAAAUGAGAACGACGCAGAUCACAUGUCAACGGAUGAAAUUCGUAGACUUAUUAGUGAACAAAACGACUUGAAAAUGGUAGUAAAACGUCAUGAAGAACGUUACGUUGAAGACACAAGUGGUGGCGUCGUGAGGAAAAUGGUAGAAACGAUUGAAAUAAAUGACCAAGCGUUCAGAGACGCUUGCAUCUUCCGAGGUGAGACUGCGCAGAUGCAGAGGAGGUGCCGAAAGAACCCAAAUAAAAAACACAAUACCGCUCGACAGCCAAAUAGCUCAGAUAAUGCACAUAACCACAACGUCAUCAAUAAGGAUGACCAAUCUGGUGACGACAUUGCGGCUGUGGGCUCAGAAAGGAAUAGACCAGAAACUGACUCCGGGUUCUCAAGCUUGAGUGAAGAAAAGACGUGGGUUACCAAAGGCAACAUUGAAAAACAGAUACAGAGGAUGCAUAGAUGCUCAAUCUACUACGAAAUCGUAAUUCCUAUUGGACAGAUUAGCCGGCCUAUCUUACGGCGACUGGCGUCGCGGCUCUGGCAGGGGAAAAUGUGUCAGAUGGAACACCUCGACACAACCCCUGGCUACAUAAAAAGCAUCAAACACUCCGCUUCUGUCCAAAAUGGAUGGUAUUUUAACACAGCGAAUGCAUACCUAGCAACGGAUGGGAAAAAUGUGACAUACAAAACUAGUUUUCAGGACAAGAAUGAAAUACUGGUCAGCGAGUACAUGUUUCUUCAUGGCUCAUCGUGUGGUGGAAAGGCUUCGAUUGCUGUGAUGAUCAGGUUCCACUACCCUGAAUUUCUAUAUUUAUGUUGCAAAGUCGACAAAGGUUCAAACGAUCCGGUUUUAUAUUUAGAUUCGUGUCAGGAACGAGUUAAGCCAGAGUCUGCGAAAAGCUCCAACAACGAUGAUCGUCUGUUUUUUAAAGAGCAAGACGACGAUGGCCUCACCUUGUACCGAUCGACAAAUGUGAAAAAUGCGUACCUCUGCAUGGGGGAUAAGUAUCUGGACACAUGCGUCACACAUUCACCUGGAGAAUUUAAAACUCAAGUCCUGUUUAACAUGGUAGAGAAGUAGGGAAGAAUGUUGGUGUACUGUAUUUGAGGGUGCAGGUCAACUCGGCCAUAAGUCAACUCGGCCACAGUCAACUCGGCCACAAGUCAACACGGCCACAAGUCAACUCGGCCACAAAUCAACUCGGCCACAAAAAGUUCUGCUACAG